AUUCUCGUCUUCAUAUCGGAUAAUAUUACACGCAUAUUCGCUCCUCAUAACAUUCUUUUUUAUUUAGAGGAUAAUUUGUGCGCAUUCAAGUUAUAUUUGAAAUUAUCAAGUCGUUCUUUUAAUACUAGUGGGGUUGAAGAUUACUGCGAUGGAGAAAUCGGCUGUGAACUUUAGCAGACACUUAGCUACGUAAGUAUAACUUUUACACAGGUGUUUCUGCAUUAUUAAGAAUAAAACUAGAGAGCAGUAAAAAAAGUCUUUUCUUCGUUUACACUUUAAUUUUUUGGUUACAAUUUUUAUUACAUUAGACCUGUAAGGAGAGAGGAUCCCCCGAAAUCAGUUCAUAAUAGAGUACCAGCUCAGUAUUCCUAUAAUACAAAUUUGUCUACAAUGAAGAAAACUAAUCCCCAGGUCAUGAACGACCAUACUGAAAAUAAAAGUAAGCAGGCUACGAUUCAAGCUGAUUCUCGUGCUACAAUGGUGCCAAAUGAUUUAGACAUAUCAGAAAGCGAGGAUGAAUCUUCAGAAGAAAGAGAAGAUUUCAAUAUUGAGAAUAUACAACCUCAAUCUCUAAUCUAUGAACCAGCUCCCAAAGCUGAAAAUUUUGUACAAUGUGUAAUAACUCGACAAAAAUUGGGAAUAAAUGGAUCUCUUCACCCUACGUAUUAUUUACAUUUAGAAAAAGACAAUUCAAAGAAAGGAUUCUUAUUAGCUGCAAGAAAGAAAAACGCUACGAAAGGUAACUAUGUCAUUAGUAACGACGAAACGAAUAUUGCUGUAAAUGGAUCGGGUUAUAUUGGAAAGUUAAAGUCAGAUCUAUUAGGAAGACAUUUUACAAUGCAUCAACGAAACGUUGGAAACGCAGACAAAGAGGUUAUAGCUGUUGCUUAUGAGCAUAACGCUUUUGGUUUAAAAGGGCCUAAGAAGAUGAACGUAUUAAUACCAGAACAAGGAUUCCAAUACAAUCUCAUUGAUAGGCUGAAAGACAGCAAAUUAUAUAACAUGAUGUUGUUAAAGAAUAAGACACCGUCUUGGAAUGAUGAAAUCAAUAGUUAUCAAUUAAAUUUUAAUGGUCGCGUUAAGAGGGCCUCAGUAAAAAAUUUCCAGAUUGUUCACAUGCAUGAUGAUGAUAUCGUCUUACAAUUUGGUAAAGUCGACGAAGAGGUAUUUAUUAUGGAUUAUAAAUAUCCAUUUUCCGCCUUACAAGCAUUCGUUGUUUCUUUAAGCAGCUUAGACCAUUGAUUUUUAUGUUCUUGAAAAUUACUUUAAAGGUUUUAUCUGGUUUGAUUUUUAUUUUCAAAGAGUUUCACUUUUUUGUGCCAUGAGAAGUCAACGAUUUUUGUUUAUUAAGUAUUAUAAAUUUCUACUGUAUAUUGUUUUAUAUAUGUUGUUUAAAAUACAUUACUAUUUCGUUUUUAAAUGAA